GAUGAUGGUGAGGUUGGUGCAGGUGCGAAAUUAUUGAAUUUAUUGGAAUUGAUGAAAGCGAAAAAUGUAUUAGUGAUCAUUACUCGCUGGUACGGAGGUAUACAUCUUGGACCGGAUCGAUUUCGACAUAUUUGUAACUUGGCACGUCAGAUCCUAGUGGACAAUGGUUUUUCUGGUCGCACUUCUUAACUUUAAGUUUUCCCGUUCAUCUUACUUUUGAAAUAGAUGAAAAUGGAGGGUGAAGAAUUCUCGAAAUGCAGUCUCUGAAUCCGUCAAUGAUAAAUAGAUAUGAUUAUGAAGAUGAAUUCCUGGCACUUUUUCAUGAAACAUGUGAGGAACUUUUCCAAUUUCGCUGUAUUUUUGUAGUUG